UUCCCUUCCCUCUUUCCCCACACCCACUGCCUUCAGUCUUCCUAUUAUCACAUUCAACUUCCUUUCUUUUCAAUUUCAUCACUAAAACUUGGUCACAUCAUACUUUAUAAUUAAGCCUUUUCCUCUCUACUAACCAACUUGGAGGGUCUCUGUUUCCUCUCCUCCUCCACUUCAAAGAUUCCAUGGAGAUGGAGUAGAUGGAUCGCCCCACCACCCUCCCAACCCAUCUCAAUUAAUCCUUCCUCUAUAUAACUCAGGAUGCCUUCACACAUUGAUUUCAGACAUUAAUCCUUAAUUUCUAUGCCACCGCACUGAUGCCAUCUUCACAAGAUAAGCCGAAGACGACGACACCAUCUAACCUAUGCCAACCGAUGGAAACUCCCGGGAUACUGUCUUUGCUCCGGCAACUGUCCAGUCUGUCCGGCGACAAGCGAUCAAAGUCUCUCUUUCGCGUGUUCAAGCUCUUCCCCCAACUGAGCUCUGGAUGCAAAAUGGUGGCGUUACUGGGAAGACCCAGAAAGUCUUUACUCACUAGCCAUGGAUAUACAGCGACAGGAACUCUGUUUGGCUACCGUAAAGGGAGAGUGAGCUUGGCGAUACAGGAGGACCCCAAGUGUGUCCCCACGUUUGUCAUAGAACUGCCUAUCCUCACCAGUGCAUUCCACAAGGAGAUAGCCUCAGGCUUGGUCAGGAUUGCACUGGAGAGCGAGACCAAGACUUCUAAGAAGAAACUACUGGAAGAGUUCGUCUGGGCUGUGUAUUAUAAUGGCAGGAAGACGGGAUAUUCCAUCAGGAGGAAGGUGAGAUCCGAGGAAGAGAUCCAUGUCAUGCAGCUACUGCGAGGGGUCUCCAUGGGAGCUGGCGUCCUGCCUUGCCCAUCUGAUAAAGAAUUAGCGGAUGGGGAGUUAACAUACAUGCGAGCUCGGUUCGAGAGGGUCGUCGGAUCGAAAGAUUCAGAAGCUUUGUACAUGAUAAACCCCGAUGGUACUGCCGGCCCCGAAUUAAGCAUUUUCUUUGUAAGGGUCCAAUGAAAUUUAUGUUCAUUAUUUUGCAAUUUCAUUAAUUGUUUGCCGCAAAUCUUCAAGCCAGUUGAAAUUAAACUUGAAAGUAACCCCCCAACCUCCCACUUAUCAAGCUUUCAUUUCUUUUUUUAGCUUUUGAUUAACCAAUAUCUUUUGUUUCUUAUGUUGGAAGUUGUUGAUAAUCUGAGACUAAUAGUUAUUCUUGGGUCUUGAGA